AUGGUGGACAGACAAACCAUUCUAUUAGUCAUCAUUAUGGUGAUGCUAUUUACCUUGCCUCCAGGCUCAGAUCAACCAUUGGCCUCGGAAGACAGGGCCGUUUUACAAAAAUUCAAGUCUAGCCUUAUUCAAAGCCGAAAGGAGGUGCUAGAUUCACAAUAUUGGCUAGGGUAUGGGAACCUAACAGGUCUUAAACUCUCGUACCAGGACAACCUUAAAAAGAAGAAUGUUCUGCUAUGGCCAUUUCGUGAAUACUCGAAAAAGAACCCGUGGAAGGAGAGGGAACAGGACAGUUUAUUACCAGAUGAAGUGAGUAAGCGAGUCAAGGAGAAUUGGGGAAACGAUCCCGUGCUUUCUGGUGAUGAUCAUGCAUAUCCACUCAACAUAUCUGGUCACUUGUUCGGUGAUUUUGAUGUUGUAAAGCCCGACAAAGCUCUCAAGCCCUUUCGCAUGAGGCUACCGAGGUAUUUAAAGGAAUACUACCUGCUUUAUAAGCAAGAGAAAUAUGAGGAAGAGAGACAAAGAUACGAGCUGGACCCGGAAUCAAAUUCACCUCCUCAGGAAAUAGAAGGCAGCAAAGAGAAGGCUGGCAACAUCACCACUUAUAAGGAAGGUGUUAUAGAGCUUGAGCUACAUUCCUUGGGAUAUAACUUCAUGAACCCGGAGUUAUCCGACUUCGUGAAGCAAAAUCCAAAAUCCAAAAUUGAUGACUCAGUGGUGGUCACAAUGAGCAUGAAUUUGAAAGACUACCCUGAAAAACAUGAUGAUGAGUUCAAGAUGUUGGGAGUGUAUUACCAGUCUAUGGGCGCUUUGAUAGCUUCGACAAAGUCUGCAAAGUUUGAAGGCGGGCAUGCACUUCCUCACUUCACGAUGAAUGAAGAGAACUUCAACAUCUCCAAGGCCCUUAUGAGUCAAAUCGUAAACGUUACCGACAUUGAACAAGAGGUAUCUAUUGAUGACAUGAAUAACGCAAUUGAAAGAUCCCAGGACCAGUGUGAGUACAUCACAUACUUCCAGCUUGAGCGAACAGAUUUUACCAAAGAUCAGCUUCGAGCAAUUGAUGACGAACUUUUCCUGCCACAGGGGGCUCCCAUACCAAAGAAGCUACCACAAUUGGAGAUCUCACAUGCGAUCUUAUAUUCACCAGAUUGUGGUAUACUUUUAGAAAACAAGAAAUCGGAGGUGUUUUCUGGUCUCCGUCUGGAGAUUUCAAAAACCAGGUCCCGUCAGAUGGCAAUAGGCGUAUUGCUUCUAGCUGUAAUUGAGCUCAACCUCUUAUUGAGACAAAUGAAACGUUGCAGAAGCCCGGGACAGCUUUCUAAUGUUUCAUCUGUAACCGUGUCGUUGUUAGGUUUCUGGACCCUGGUGACACUCGUUUACUUCUUGUUGAGAUCUUUGCAACAAAGUGAGCUAUACAUUUUGUUGACUUGUGUCUCUGUGAUAGCCUCGAUACUAUGUCUACACGAAAUGAGACUUUUGGUUGGUAUUUUUACUGCGCAAGAGAACGAGAGAGGAACUAAUUGGUGGGAGAUUUUGAGAGGAUCGCUGGUGGAAGGCCAAAGCAAUAGAGAAGGUGAGGAUGCGCCGGCUGGUGGGAAUCAGCCUAACGAGGAUACAGUGGCGGCACCUGCUCCAGCUACCACGCCGGCUACAGCGGCUCCACAAGUGAAUACGGUGCAGCAACUCUCUGAUGAGGCUCGCUACCCUAACAUGAUUUUCUUUGCUGGGUUUGCCUUGACAUGCAUAGCAAUGAUGUUGAUCUCGAGUAUCACAAGAUGGAGGAUUUCAUACAGAAGAACAGCUGAGUAUGUCAUCUUGAUUUUUUUCAAUUCUUAUUGGGUUCCUCAGUUCUUCCGGAGCACAUUGAAAAACAGAGUUCGUGUGUUUCUGUGGGAGUAUGCUAUUGGUACUUCACUUGUUCGGUUCAUUCCUGUUUUCUACAUGUGUCUUGAUAAGAACAACGCAAUUCGCCAUCAUUAUGAUCCGGUUAUGGCCAUGGUGGUGUUCAGUUGGAUAUUCACGCAGCUCUUCUUUUUGUACUUGCAAGACUGUUUGGGUGCUAGGUUCUGGGUAAAGGAAAAGUGGUUACCUGAACAGUACAACUAUCACCCAAUCAUCAGCAUUAAAGAUUUAGAAAGUGGAUUUUCGCUGGACAUUGUGGCCAACAUGAAGCCUCAAACUGCUGACAAGGACCUAGCAAUUUGUGACAUUGAUUGUGCAAUUUGUAUGUCCACACUUCAGGUUCCUGUUGUCUCUGGAGAGGUUCUGUCGGUGUCAAAGAAAAAUGUUGAUAGCAUGAUGAAGGAAGUCAUGGUGACACCAUGUCGCCACAUUUUCCACGACAAGUGUUUGGAGGAUUGGAUGGUCUAUAAGCUUCAGUGUCCGCUUCUCAAAACUAAGCCUUAUAUCAACGGCGAAUGGAUCGAGUCCAAAGCUUCCAAGACAUUUGAUGUGGUGGAUCCAGCUACCGAGGAGGUGAUAGCGACGCUCCCAGAUCAGACACCUGAAGAGAUUGACCAUGCCAUCAAAAUCACAAGAGAUGCCUUUGACAGUUAUAAAAAGACCAACGUUGUGGAUAGAUCGAGAUGGUUACGCAACUGGUACGACUUAAUGCUCGAGAAUCUCGACGAUUUGGCCACUCUUAUCACUAUGGAGAAUGGUAAGUGCUUAAAUGAUGCACUUGGAGAGGUAAAAUAUGCUGCCUCGUACUUUGAAUGGUUCUCUGAAGAAGCGAAAAGAAAUUAUGGCCACACUAUUCAGCCAGCUAACAGCAACAACAAGAUCAUCACCUACAAGCAGCCUGUGGGUGUGGUGGGGCUCCUCUGUCCGUUCAACUUUCCUGCUGCAAUGGGUGCAAGAAAGGCUGCACCGGCAUUGGCUGUCGGAUGCACGUGUAUCAUGAAACCAGACGCUCAGACACCAUUGACUGCUUUGGCGAUGGCUCAUUUGGCCGAUAAGGCUGGGUUUCCCAAGGGAGUAUUCAACGUUGUGUUGAGUUCGGUUGAGUCGACACCAGUCUGUGGAACAAAGUUCUGCGAGUCGCCACUCAUCAAAAAGGUGUCUUUCACCGGAUCUACGCCAGUGGGAAAGCUUUUGAUGAAACAGCUGUCGCUGACGCUCAAGAAAUUGCUGAUGGAGCUCGGUGGAAAUGCUCCAAUUGUUGUUUUUGAAGAUGCGAAGCUCGACCAGGCAGUUGAGCAGGCAAUCGCCUCAAAAUUCCGCUCCUUGGGCCAAACAUGCGUUUGUGCUAACCGCAUUUACGUUCAAGCGGGUAUCUACGAUGAGUUCUGUCUGCGCUUUGCCGAGAAAGUGAAGUCGUUCAAAAUCGGCAACGGUUUCGAGAAGGGCGUCACCCACGGAUGCUUGAUCAACACGCGAGCGAUCGAUAAGGUAGAGGAGCACGUCAGAGAUGCCGUUGGCAAAGGGGCAGAAAUUCUUGUGGAAGGUGGGCGCCUCAGCGAUCUUGGCAAACACUUCUACAGUCCAUACGUGCUUGGGAAGGCCACCAAGGAAAUGAAUUGUUUUGGUGAGGAGACGUUCGAGACCCAGGAAGAGGUUGUUGCUGAGUGCAACGAUACGCCAUUUGGGCUUGCGGCUUAUGUGUUUCUGGAGAGCCUCAACCGAGUGUGGCAAGUGUCCGAGGCGCUUGAGACAGGCAUGGUGAGUGUGAACAGCGGGAUUUUCACCGAUGCCGCAUUGCCCUUUGGUGGAGUCAAGGAGUCAGGAUUUGGCCGGGAAGGCUCCCUCUAUGGCAUGGAUGACUACACCGUGGUGAAGCUGGUUUCUCUCGGCAAUGUCUAUGGCUAG